GCUGGGUUGUGUAUCCCUGUUGCAAAUUGUAAUAAAUUGGAUACAUUUUUGAUUGACUUCAGCAACAACUUAUCUCCUUUUGUGAAAUUCCUAUUACAGUGCAUUUGUGUGCUACAAUUCAUUUGCUUUGUUUCGUGUAAUGCCAAUCCCAUACCUGUUUGGUAAGUUCUGUUGUCUAUAAAAAGACCUGAAAAUCAAAACCAAGUUACUGUCAGCUUGGACGUAGGCUCCAGACACUCCUCAUACGCCUGUGCAAUAGAACUUGUGAACGCCAUGUAUCGGUGGUCUCUCUUUGCCUUGCUCUUUGUCACCUGCAUGGAAGUGUCCAUACAGAAGAAAACAAAGAAAGGCCCUCAAACUCUCUCAAGAGGAUGGGGGGAUGACAUUACUUGGGUCCAGACCUAUGAGGAAGCCCUGAUGACAAUGACAGAAAGUAAGAAGCCCCUGAUGGUCAUUCAUCACAUGGAGGAUUGUCCUCAUAGUCAAGCUCUGAAGAAGGCGUUUGCUGCUGAUAAAGCCGUACAGGAACUUGCCCAAGAGGAUUUUGUCAUGCUCAAUUUGAUACAUGAGACUACAGACUCCAAUCUGGCACCAGAUGGCCACUACGUUCCAAGAAUUCUCUUUGUUGAUCCAUCCAUGACUGUGCGUGCUGAGCUUGUUGGGAAGUACAGUAACCACAUGUUCACCUACAAGCCGAGCGACAUCCCGUACUUGGCCGAGAACAUGAAGAAAGCCAAGCGUCUACUGCACACUGAACUGUAACCUCACAGCCUUUUCAAUAAUGUACCCAUAAUCUACUGGGUUCCUCCCUGUUCCAGAGGGGUUCACUGAGUCUUGGACAUUCUUAUGUUUACACAGAAUGUAUACAAUAGAUCAAUCAAUAAAGAUGAAUGACGGUGUGCACUGAA